CCUUGUAGUAUUUUCGGGAAAAGCAUCCACUGCCUGGACUACAGCCUGCGAUCGUGCACGGCAGUGCAAAAAGACUUGAUGAUGACCUACGUAAAGCAUAUCAGAGUGACCAUGGACCGCUUAUGCAACGAUGAAAUUACUAGGACAGCUUUCCUGGCAUAUUCUCCAUGUUUCAAGAAAGCCUACGCACGCACCGAAUACUGCCUCAACUACUUUCUCCUCAGUAUCCGCAACAGUACGCUGGCCAGUGGCGGAUCGAGCACUGGAUCGUCGCCCAAGUCACAAGGAGCGCUUCCGUUAGAAGACUUCAUGUGCGACGCCCUAUCCAACAUGACCACCUGUGUGCACAACGCUGUCAAGUGCAAGGAGAAUUCCAGCCGAGACAUAAAAGAUGUGUUGAACUUGAUGUUACGUGGCGGACUCUCCACAUCACUGUUGCAGCAGUGCUAUCCGGUGGGAAAGAAGCCCAACCACGCUCAUGUCGCUCGUUCGUCUGCUCCUAGUGUGCGUUCCCCAGGUUGCAUCAAAGUUAAUUUCCAACAAUCCUGUUUAUAUUUGUCACUAUGGAUAAUUUUGGGUGUAUCUUUAUUUCUAAAUAGCUUUCCUACUGCACAAUUAUAUAACUGCAUUAGUUAGACUGAUUUUUGAUUUUGCACAGAGUCCUAGGCCGCAACUUUACAUUUGCGUACUUUCUUGAUGCUGUGAUACUUUUGUUCGAGAUCUGGUUACCUGAAUCAUGAAGAAACUAUUUUUGCGUAUUUGCUGAGUGGAGUUGUUACAUUGUGCUGCAAUCUGUAAUCGUCGGUUUUCUUGAAUUUGUAAAGUUAAAAUGUGCAUUUAAAAUCAAAAUCG